AAACUGAUAUCAAGCUUUGCCGGCAAAUAUCAAGUUCAAAUGUGGUAUAAUUGUCGCAGAGUAAUCUGUAAAAACAUAUGCUUUAAAAUCAUUUUUUCUUACUAAAGUGACACAAUUAAAAAACAGUUGCAACUUGUGAUAGCGUAGGUGGGGCCUACAGUGACUGCUAGAUACACUUCCUCUUCCAUGUUGGUUAAAAAAAAAAACGUCCACCUCCACUCUUCAAGAGGAAGGUCUUUUUUAAGAGCACAACGGCAGCAAGCUCAGAGCUGCAUGCUAACCAUCCGUCAGUGUGUGUACGCUCUGCAGUGCAGUGUUCCUGCCCCUCAACAUUUAACUGUGUAUUGCAGUGCGACCUUAAGGGCAGGUGAUGUGUGAUUGGUGACGGUAGGGUCUGGCUCCUGUGGUGAUAGUGUAGAAAUGGAAGAAGAUCAAGUGCCUAACAAAGAUUCCUCUCAAGCCACGGAUGUGAAGAAAGUGCAACGUAAAUCUGAAACCAAGCGAUACAGUGAGAUCUUCAGAGACUUUGAUAAUCUUGAGUUAUCUUUAAUUUCUUGUUCCGAGGAGGAUCUGGUAGACAUAGACUCACAGUCCAUUUCAGAGUCCAUCUCGACAGAAGGCGCAGAUCCCACAGAGCAGCAUGAUGUAUGUGCUGAGGCAAAUGAACUGGAUGGAAACCAACCAGUCCAGGAAGCGGACCUGGCUCUCUGUCGAUGUGAUGAUGGAGUAGAGACGGCAAUGCAGUACACCAAGAUGUGGUGCCGCUACGCAAAAGACCUCCUGGCCUGGAUGGAGAAAAGAAUCAGCUUGGAACAAGAAUUUGCCAAAAAUGUAAUGAAGACAGCUGAAGGAGCAAAAGCCAAUGUUGGACAGCAGGAAAUGAUGCCCCUGCAGCAUAUCUACACAAUGGCGCUAGACCAAGACAUCAAGAACAGUUUGUCUUCUAGAAAGACGUCAGAACUGCAACAAAACCGCUGUCACCAAGCAUUGGCUGCCAAGAAGAAUGAGAUUGAUAAAUGGCGCCGGGAAUUUAAGGAGCAGUGGGCAAGAGAACAAAGAAGGAUGAGCGAAUCCGUGUCAGCUUUAAAAAAGGCUCAACAGCAAUACUUCCAGCGCUGUGAUGAGCUAUUAAAGGCUAAAGCUAUCACUGCCAAAGCCUUGGACGACAUAGCUGGAAUGAAAACACUGGACAAGAGGCGGAAGUCCAAGGAUGACGCCCAGGCUAAGGUGGUGGAGACAGAGCUGCUGUACAGACAGUGUGUUAGUGAUACCAAAAUCCACCAGGAUGAGUUAGUGAAGGCCAAAGAGAGAAUUAUUUCCCACAUUCGCAAGCUCAUCUUUCAAGGAGACACUGUGCUAAAGGAGGCCACAGUCAACAUGUUUUACUACCAGCGACAGCACUCAGAGACGGUGCCCCUCGGCUAUCAGAACCUGGAGCUGACAUGCAGAUCCCUGGAGCCUGGAAAGCCCUACCUGCUCUACAUCCUCAGCAAGCGCCGCCCCGAACAACCUCCUCAAACCUUUACCUUCCAGGACUAUGUACCACAGUGCAAAGGGAACAAGCGAAAAACCAGUAACCCUCUCAGCUUUCUGCCGGACUCAUCACCUGUGACAGAUGAUAGCCCUUUCAGACAACACAGCGAUGGCAGUGCAAAAGGGAGAACAGGGUACAGUGACAGUGAGAGUUUUGGAGGCAGUUUAGAAUCUCUGUCCAGCCCUGCGCACACUAAUAGGAGGCUGCCCAAAACCGCAUCCACUUUGACAGUGUCAUCAGACGACAUGGACGAACGAGAUGUUGCCUCUGAGUCAGAAUACAUUGACAGUCAGCCAGUCAAAGUGCGAACGCUGUCACGAGCUGCACUGACGCACCGACUGAGGAAGAUGAAGAGCAAGAUGGUCAAAUGCAAGCAUUGUGAAAACUACAUUGUUGUCAAUGGAGUCGAAUGUGAGGAGUGUGGUCUGGCUAUGCACAGAAAGUGUAUGGAGGUAUGUCAGUUGGAGUGUGAGAACAGGAAGGGGACCGUGUUCGGGGUGGACCUCUCUCUGAUGUGUCAGGACGAGCCGGAUAAGGUCCCCUUUGUGGUGCGACUCUGCACAACUGAGAUUGAGAAUCGGGCCCUCUCAGUCCAGGGGGUGUAUCGUGUGAGUGGGUCCAAGCCUCGCAUCCAGAAGCUUUGUCAAGCCUUUGAGAUUCAAAAGGAUCAGGUGGACCUUUCUGACCUUUCACCACAUGACAUUACCUCGAUCCUUAAGCACUUCUUCAAGGAGCUCCCAGAUCCCUUGCUAACCUUUGACCUGUACCAUAAUUUCAUCACGGUGGGAAGGACCAUUCAGCACCUGAGUGAAAGGGAGCCGGCACCAGACACUAACGAGACAAUGGACAUCAUUUAUAACCUGCAAAAGCUGCUACAGAAACUCCAUCCAUAUUGCUACACCACCUUACAGCACCUGAUGUCUCACCUCCAAAGAGUUUCAGAGAACUACGAGAACAAGAUGUCCCCCAGCAAUUUGGGGAUAGUGUUUGGGCCAACACUAUUGCGCCCUCUAGUGUCUACGGAAAUGUCAAUUAAUGCCCUGCUGGAGACUAGUUACCAGUCUGUCCUUAUUGAGUUCCUCAUCACACAUCGUGACAAGGUUUUUGGCCUUCAGCGGAGACACAGUAUGCCCCCUCCUCCAGCUCCCACUGCACCUCUUCCAGACACCCCUCCCAGAGCUUCCUGUGCCCUGGAUGGGGACAUUUGUGCCGGCUCUGAACAUGAAACCUCCACCAGAGAGCGGCCACACUCACUAGAAAGUCGAACAAUCAAGAGGCAGUCAAGUGAGGGUUAUAUAUCUGACAAGUCUUCAUCCAAUGAGGCAGUGGACCAGCUCAGCCCUCAAGCCAAUGAGAAAGCAGUCAUGGCUAUGAGAGGGGCAUCAAGCGACUCUCAGGGUGAGCCUGUGAGGGAACCGGAUUCUGUUUUGGUUACCCAGCCACACUAUCGCUUCACCAGGCAGCCUGUGAAAUAUUACCGUCAUCAUAACCCAGGAGCCAGACUCCCCCACCCGGGCCGGGCAGCCAGACAGCCUGCAGCCUCAGAGAGGGGCUGUACAGGAAGUGCUGACAGCAGCCGCAGCUCCUCUCCAGAGCCACGGACACAGAGACUUUCCCAAAAUGUAGACACCCCCCAGCCACAACAGUCCACCUUUGCAGCAGAGAAUAAAGUGGACGUCCCUCUGAGCCCCCGCACGGUUGUGCAGUACAUGCUGGGACUUGACUCAAUAUUAACCGAAACAUCAGUCAGCACAGGACAUGAGUCUUCUCAGGCGGUGGCAUCUGGGUGUCAGGGUACUCAGAACAAAAAUAUGUCCUGUAACAGACAGGGUACUGGACAGAGGCCGGCUCUGUGUCAGUCACCAAAGACAUUUCCUGUUGAAAUGAACUUUACCUCACCGGCACAGAAGAUCCUGUCUGGCCUGAAACUGAGGCGCAGUCUCUCAGGGAAGGACGAGCAGCUCUUUGUCUGAGGAGCUAAAGACAUAUCCAGACUGUUCACUGGAAAGGAUUCAAAAACACUUGAGGACAUAUAACCAUUAGUCACCAUAAAGUUAAAUGUGUUGAACUCACAUUUGAGUCACUCUUAGAGGGAACACAGUUGAAAUGUGUAGACCUAAUGUUUCCUUGGAUACAAAUGCCUUUUAUUUCCUUGAUUUGAUGUUGAUAUGGAGACCAUCCAGCUGUCUUCUACACAGACCAGACAAGAUAGGUUCACUUAUGUAUCAGUUUUAUUCAAAAUAUGUAGUUUCUUUGAAUGUUGCAGGUUAGGAGAUGCAAACUAUAGGUAUCAAGUUUUUCCCUGAACAUACUAUAAUCAGCUAAAUUCAAUUGCCAUCAAGAGUUGUAUUUUUAAGGUAAUUUUGUUACAUGUUUGUUGUGCUUUAUACAUUUUGUAUAGACUCCAGAUGGCAGAUUAUGUGGUACAUAAACUGAGAUAUGCCUUCAUUGGUGUCAUGUGAAGACAUUUCAACUCUGAUGUUAAGUUUCAUGCACCCUUCUUGUUCUGACACAAGGGGGCGGUCUUCUCCCAGUGUGUGGAGAAAACAUGCCAGACACAAUAGCAGAAGGGCAAUAAAUCAGUUAUUUCUAAUUACA